AUGCAUCCUUACCUUCACAGCGCUUUUCUUUACCUCUUAGCCCGCCUUCGUGGCGAGGCCCUCCACGGGAUUGCCGGAUUCACGCGGGCCGGGAUCGCCUUCCUUCGGGAUGCCAGUGGACACGAGUUGGAGAGUUCGGGUCGAAGACCAGGUCACACUCCGGUUUGCGAUAUACCUCCCAGUCUUCCUCAUCGCGCUGCUUGCAAUCGCAUUGGUGGACGCACUGCUCUCAGUCACCCGACGUGA